GGGGGGAUCUCUAUUGCUUGGCAUUCUGGGAAGCUCCUGGGCAGGAAAAGGCGCGAAAGUAAGCGCGUGUCACGGAAUGUCACAAGCUGAGUGUAGUGGGAAGUGGCAAUUUGUCUUUGUUUAUUAUUUUAACUGUCAUGUCUGUAAGUCGCGAUAAGAGGAAAGGUUUGCCGAAAAUUUCAAUUGUAAAUGACAGAUGCAGAGCCACUGCAGAACUUUCUCGAGAUUUGCAAUUGUAUACUAUUCCUCCUUCGUUCAUUGUACCACUCGCGGAAGUGUAUCGUUCAGUGACUGAACGAUUAGAAGUGUUAAGAAUUCUUCAACACACCCUUCCAAAAGUUCUCGCCAAAAAUGUGGAAGAUCAGAAGUCUGCUGUGUUACAACAAUUGCAAAAGCAGGGACUCAUAACAUAUGCCAAAUUACUGGUUUCUUGUGGCCAUGGAGAGACUGGUGUUGUAAUUAAGGAACGCACAGCUGAUUAUGUUUCUCACUUCUUUCUGCGUCUUAUUUAUUCACAAUCAGAGAAUUGGAGACAUUGGUUUCUAAAUAGAGAAUUAGAACUUUUUCGUUUACGCUUUCAUUCUUUGAAUGCAGAAGGAGUCACAAACUUCUUGGAGGAAUAUGGACUUUGGUUUACACCAAUUUCAGAUGAAGAGAAGAAGUCGAUGAUGCACAAUCUUCUUACUUCAACUGCAAAUAUGUCACAAGCUGAUGUUGCAACCACCACUUUCUUCAAAGUUCCAUACAUUGACGUGCUGGACUUGAUUUCAGAUCGCAAGGUUUAUAUGAGUGGAGGAUAUGCCUUUAUUCCAUUCAAAGAUAUUACUUCAGUUUUCUGCACUCUAUUCAAAAACCACUUGUGUCGGGCCCUGGAGGAGCUGUCUGUUAGUGAUGUAGAAGAAGUGAAAUCAGAUGAACGGUUUCAACCCUUAAUUGGCCAUGCUGAAUGGUUUUUGCAUAAAACCAAUAAUUCAGGGGAAACUGUUGUUGCAGAGGAAGAUUUGGAUGCACUGUCGCAAGAAUCAUUUCCUCCUUGCAUGAGGCAGUUGCACGAAUCAAUAAGAAAGACGCACCAUGCAAAACAUGGUGCGCGCUUGCAGUAUGGUCUUUUCUUAAAGGGAAUUGGACUCCCUUUAGAAGAAUCUAUAAAAUUUUGGAAAACUGAGUUAACAAAAAUUAUGACAAGGGAAAAGAAGGAAUAUCUGUAUUCCAUUCGCCACAGUUAUGGGCAAGAAGGUAGGCGAGUGUCUUAUACUCCCUACAGUUGUGCCAAGAUUUUAUCAGAAACAAUUGGAAUAGGAGAUUGCCAUGGCUGUCCAUUUAAACAUAAUAGUGCACAAAUACUUAAAAAUAGAUUUGAAAGUUAUGGCAUUCCACCAUCAGGUCUACAGAUUAUAAUGAACUUGGUAUUUGAGGGACAGUACCAACUUGCAUGCUCCAAGUAUUUUGAAAUAAUACAUUCUUCUACACUUGAAAAAGUCAUAUGUGACCCAAAUGAAUUCUUCAAACAAAGUCAAAAGAUCCGUUGCAAUUAUGAAGAAAAACUGAAAGAGAAUUAUGGACGAAAUGGAAAUAUCAAAUUUGUCAAAACAGAUAAAGCUCUUGUUGCUGUUACCAUCAGUGAGUCUCAUAAGAGCAAAGAUGAUAAUUCUAAGUAGUAGUCUUAUCUCAAAUUAUUUUUAUCAUCAAGAAAAAAAAAAAAAAGAAAUUGCAAUUGUGGAGAGUACAGACCGUACUUCUUGUAGAUCUUCGCAAACAAAGUAUGUCGAAGAAAAUGUUUUAAACUUGUGGUAAGAACACAAAUUGCAUUUUUACAUUUUACUGUAAUUAUAUUGUGUAAAAUUAUGUAACAAACCUAUAAAUGAGAAUGAUACAUCAUUUUAUUGACCUGCGUAGGAAUGUACAAUUUAUUUCUGUCAAUUUAAGUGUAUUUAAAUUAUUAAUUUAUUAUUGUUUACAAAAUGUCAUAUUAUGUACAUUUUGUUAAUAGAAAAUAUUGUAUAUAGAAGUCAUGCUAAUAAAAAGAUCUUACCCAGUUA